CGAUAAUGCAAAAUGACUGGUGAACGACGAGACCGGUGACGUUAUCAGUAUUUAAGUUGUUAAAGAAAAUUAACCGCCUUAUGGAAUUCGCUUUUCUUUAUUUUACAAUAUUCUAUUUAAUGUGAAUACAGAAAGAAAAUUAACAAAUGCAUUGUUCUUUAAAAUUAAUACUUAUUGAAAACAUGUAGUAUUCACCCAAGUUUGGUUUUAUAUUUUAACAAUCUUGUCAAAAAACCUAGUCUCGUAUUAUAAGAAAAGUUUUUAAUAUUGCACAAACAAUUAUGGUUCUAGAAGAUUUCAAAGAGGUUCUUGGAACUAGUGCUUCUGUAUGUCAGAUAAUUCAGUUUUUUUCUGGAAUAUUGGUUUGUCGAAAAUUUAUGAAAAAAGGUUCAUCAGAUGAUGUAUCUGGAAUUCCUUUUAUCUGUGGUUUUCUUUCUUGUGGUUUAUGGUCCGGCUAUGCGAAACUGUUGAAUGACUUUAUUUUGAUUUAUAUUAACGUUCUGGGAUCCUUCUUGAUGUUUUCUUAUGUCUGUGUAUUUUACAUUUAUAGCAGCAAAAGGAGCAAAUUAAUCAAACAAAUACUGAUUGUUAUUGCAUUUUUGGUUUUCAUUCAAACACAUAUUAAAUCUCUUGAAGAUUUUGAAUUGAAAAGGAAACAUCUCGGUAUUGUUUGCAGCUUUGUUACUAUCUCCUUUUUUGCAUCUCCUUUAACUGACUUGGCUCGUGUGAUUCGAGUAAAAUCAGCAGAGAGUCUUCCAUUCCCCUUGAUUCUCAUGUCUACUAUUGUUUCCUUUCAGUGGACUCUGUAUGGAUACGUGAUAAAAGAUGGAUUUGUCAUGUAUCUAAAUUUAGCUGGAUUCUGUCUAUCGCUCUUCCAACUCCUCUUAUUUUGUGUAUAUCCUGCUCGAUGGAUGAAUGAUAAAAGCAAUAUCACCAUUGUUAUUCCUGAGCAUAGAAUUAAAAUAGCUUCUUGAUACAAAGAUAUGGAUGACUGCAUUAUGUGAUAAUUUAAAACAGGUCUCCAUAGAUUAAAGACACUAUAGUCAUAUAUUUUAUAAAUAUGAAUCACCUAUUUUUAUUGUUCUUAAGGAUCUGGAGGAUGAAGAAGAGGGUUGAGACGCUGCGGUAUUUCAGCAAACUUCAUCCUUGGACAACUGAAGGUUUGCUCAAGAUAUUUGUCACAAUUUAUAUACUCUCUUUCAUGCGGAUCCUAAAAAUAAUAUUAAUAAUUAUGAGUUAAUCCACAGAGAGCAUUAAAAAUAUAGAAAUUCAGAAACAUUUAAAUAAAAGUUUUUUUACACACUUGCAAUUUAUGAGUCUUAAUAUAUUGCCAAAGCGCACUUAUAAUAACAGGUCUUGUUUGAGUGUGAACUCCUAGAAGACGAGCAAGUCGGGUAUCAAGUUUGAACUGUAAAGGCUGAUAAUCUAAAAGGAGCAGUAUGGUACAUCUAACAUUUUUAUCACCUGGUCUUUUGACC